AUGUCCGAUUUCUUCGACAUCGAUUCGUACCUGAACCGGAUCGGCUUGCCCGCACCCACCGACGAGCAGCGAUACCAAGACGGCCUCAUCCUGCUGCGCGACAUCAUGGCGGCGCACUCCCGCACAAUCCCGUUUGAGAAUCUGGACAUCGUCCUCAAGCGGAACUUGCCCGUCUCGCUCGAGUCGAUGGAGCUGGAAGCGAAAAUGGUGGCGGGCGGCCGCGGCGGGUACUGCUUUGAGAACAAUUUGCUGCUCUGCUUUGCGCUCCGCGCGCUGGGGUUUGGCGUGACGCCGAUGCUCGCGCGGGUCCGCUGGAACAAGCCGCCGGGCGAUCCGCAGCCGCUCGGGCACCUCGUGCUCCUCGUGACGCUCCCGCAGUGGCCGGUGUCGGCCGCCACGCCAUUUUCGGGCCAGCUCUCAGUCGCGGGCACCCCGUACCUGGCCGACGUCGGCUUCGCAGGCGGACGGCGGUAG